UAGUGCUGCAGUGGAGAGAAGUGAGAGGAGACUGCAGUCUUUGCUUAUGGGAGAGAUCAGACUAUGUUACCACAGCUCUGAGGGACUGUAGCUAGCUGUAGUUUUUGAUAUUGGAUGGGCCACCUCACGAAGGGGAAUACCACAUCUGACUGGGACGCUGCACCUAGUCUUUGACGAUGAAGUUCAACUUGUUCAGAAAGCCACAGGCCGAGGCGGCCGCCGAGCCCACCGGUGCCACCACCGUCACCAUGGCUCCCACCCAAGCCUUCAUCUCCACCUCGGUGCCGGACACCUCUGGCUCCAACAACACAGAGAUUAGCAAGAACGACAUGUUUGAGGAGAUCAAGAGCAAAUUCUUGAAUGAAAUUGAUAAAAUACCACUGCCUCCGUGGGCUCUGAUCGCCAUCGCCGUGGUGGCCGGGUUGCUCAUCCUCACCUGCUGCUUCUGCAUAAUCAAAAAAUGCUGCUGCAAGAAGAAGAAGAACAAGAAAGGCAAGAAGGGCAAAGAUGGCUUCAACAUGAAGAACAUGCAGGGCGAGGACGAUGAGGACGAUGACGAAGGAGAGACCGGACUGACGGAGGAGGAGAAAGAGGAAGAGGAGAAGGAAGAAGAGAAACUGGGGAAGCUGCAAUAUUCUAUAGAUUAUGACUUUGAAAAUGCAAAGCUCACGGUUGGCAUCCUUCAAGCUGCGGACCUCAUAUCCAUGGACUCGGGUGGCACCUCGGAUCCUUACGUUAAAGUCCAGCUCCUACCCGAGAAGAAGAAAAAGUAUGACACGAAAGUCCACAAGAAAACACUGAACCCCGUCUUCAACGAGACAUUUGUAUUCAAGGUGCCCUACGAGGAGCUCGGCGGGAAGACUCUAAUGAUGUCCGUUUACGACUACGACCGAUUUUCCAAACAUGACGUCAUUGGAGAUGUGAAGAUUCCCAUGAACACCAUCGACCUCGGACGGCCGAUCGAGGAGUGGAAGGAUCUGGACAGCGCGGAUCAAGAGGAGCCUGAGAAACUCGGAGACAUCUGCAUCUCCCUCCGUUACGUCCCCACCGCCGGGAAACUCACCGUCUGCAUCCUGGAGGCGAAGAACCUGAAGAAGAUGGAUGCCUGUGGAUUAUCUGAUCCUUAUGUGAAGAUCCAGCUGCUGCAGGGUGGUAAGCGUCUGAAGAAAAAGAAGACUACAGUGAAGAAGAACACCCUAAACCCUUACUAUAACGAAUCCUUCAGCUUUGAAAUCCCCCUGGAACAGAUGCAGAAAAUCUUGGUGGCGGUCACAGUGUUUGAUUAUGACAAGAUCGGUAAGAAUGACGCCAUCGGGAAGAUCUUCGUGGGCAGUAAGGCGUCUGGCCUAGGUCUGAAGCACUGGUCCGACAUGCUGUCUAACCCGCGCCGUCCCAUUGCCCAGUGGCAUCCAUUGCAGCCAGAGGAGGAUAUUGAUGGUCAGCUGGCAUCCUUGAAUGCAAAGAAGUAACGUGCUCCACCGACCAGCUAAUGCACUAACUCAGAAAUCCAACCCCCACCCCUAUUUUGCAUGAAACCCAUGACUUUACCGCGUGACUACUCGUCAUGAAACCUGCUCAGCAAAAAAGAGACAUCUUAGAAAAUCUGCUCAUUCACGGUUAAGUCGGGGGGAAAAAAACUCUUUUUAAGCAUCACAUUUCACACAUUAGUGUAUGCUGUGAAGAGCGGCGUUGAGUUAUCGGGUGACUGGCUCAUGAAUGAUCGACUGUUGGUCUUUCUUUCAUUUGAAGAAACUUAGAAACUGAUUCUUAGGGUGCUGACACGGAACGAAAGUCUUGGUGAAGACAAUGCUGGAAAUAAAGCUUUAGUUUAGUUUAUAGAGCAUGCUUUACUUACCUCCCCACUGCUCUGCAUUCAUCACACCCACUAUUGUAUCUGGCUAAUAAGUAUGCUAUAACUUGCAAUAGAAAGUACUGUAGUAUUGGGUUAUUUCCUGCAUAGUCUGUUUAAGUCUAUAAAUGCAAAACUAUUUAAUUGAGAAUGAAUGAGGUCACCGAAUGCAGCGAUCCAUGUUGCAAGAUAUUUUCAAGAGAAAUCUGCAUAAAUGAUUGUCUUCAUUUUAUCAGCGCACAUUUGAGAAGAAGAUAAAAAAAAAAACACGAGCAUACUUUGUGGAAAAGUUGAUUUAAGUUGCUUGUUUUGUGUUGCCAUGAAGGCACGUCUAUGCAUUUAGCUUCAACACACAUUGUCUUCAGACAGAUCUAAUGUAGGACAGGAAUACAAAGGGUGCCUUUCCUGAUAUGACACUUUGAGAAACACAAGAAGCUUCAUUGUUUUAUUUCAAAGGGGGAGCUUUUGAAAAGCAUUCAAAGGUAGUCAGGGACACUGUGAAUGUGCCAUCUGCAACCUGUCUUGUGUUGACCACUUGGAUGUAAAACCUUACUUAUCUGUGGACAAAGUAAGAACACGAGACGGCCGCUCGACGAUGUUAGAACCAGUUAUGACUUUGCUUCUUUUACGUUUUGCUCUCGCCAUCUAAUCACACGGAUUAUAUGUUUUCCUUCGUUUACCAAACGCACUGCAGUACACUAGAAGACGUUCUUAGUUUCUGGGGAAACAACACGAGGAUUUCUGUCAAGGACCAGAUGUUUUUAUAGAGGAUUGAAUUUGAAAUGUAAGAGAGAGCCGCACUUUUUAAGAAAGCGUGAAUUCAAGUACAAAAAAACGCAGGUUUGUAAAAUGUCAACAAGGCGAGUGUUACAUCAGAACAUAUUAUACAUUAAACAUAUCCAUUUUUGCUUGAACCAAAUAGAGCUGCAGAAUCUAGCAUGUAUCAUGCCUCGCAGUGUUUCAUGUUGUUUGGAUCGCUCGCUCGUCGGCCACAAGCUUUGUAAACCUGGAGCCAGAGUGCUGCAACGCGGAGGUGUUACGACUUCCUCACAGACGUGUUCGACUGAUGUGCAGAGAGCAAAACAAUCCCAUAAGUAUUUGAAUCUUAUGUGCACAAAAUUGUAAAGUUUCAUUAAUCCUAAAUAGUUAAUGUUGGAAAUUGUAAUACCUCUGAAUUCAGAGCACGAGAGAAUUUAUCUGAGUUCUGAAUUCCCCACCUUGAAAUAUCAAAUACAGAUUGAUGUUCAAUUCACAAAAUGUAUUCAUAUAAAACUAGUAGCUCAAAUUCAGACAUUUUGGGACAACCAAGGAUAGCUUAGUAGUUUAUUGUGACAAUAAAUACACUAAAGAUCAGCAUCACACCAAUUUGUUAUCCUAUUUUUGAUCCAAAUAUUAGAAAUUGAUUGAAACGUUAACAGAAUACAAAGAAGCCCAGAAACUUGAAUUGACCUUCUGGAAAAGAAGAGAGAAUUCAAACCAUUGGUUUUCAAAGUAAUAUAAUUAUACACGUUUAAUAUAAUGUCAGUGGGUAUUUACAUUUGAACAUCAAGUAUUUAGAAAAUGAGGCUUUCUUUGCGUCCAUAUGAGGACAUAUUGUCACCAGAUUUAAAAGGUAAUCCUGCAGGUGGAUGAAACAGCAGCACACUGAUUGGUCCAUGCACAGUACUACUUCUAUUGUUAACAUUAUGCAUCGCGCAAAUCUGUUAAUAGGCUACAGCAUGUAUUCACAAAAUGAUGUAAAUAGUAGCAUGUUUUAAAGAGGAACCAUAAUUAUAUUGUGUACGUGUGUGUUUGUGUUCUGUGUCAUUUUUGAUAAUAAAACAGAGAAAAAAAGAGUAUGCAAUGACUGCAAAGUGUAUGUAUUUUUGCUGAAUUGGACUGAAUGUAUGUCUUAAUAAUCCAUAUUCGGGUUCACAGGCUCCUUUAAUGUCUGGGAUCAAAGCAGGGUUGCUUUGUGUAUCAUAUGUAACAAAAAGAAUCUACGUAGUUUGUCAUUUUACUGCAUGACUGUCCUGUUUUCUGUCAUCGUCUGUAUGUGUCCUCUGUGCUAAAUCCAGUGUUACAGUAUGCUUGGGCCACACGUCAUGUAAUUAUUGUUCAUUUCUGCUUGCACUUGUUAUGCAGUAUGUGUUGGUCGCUGACCAGUAAACUGUAUAUAUUUAGAAAAAAAAGGAGAAUAUGUUUACCGUAAGUGUUUCCUUCAUUUACUCCUGCCAGAUGGGUGUCAAGUCUUAAUUAAAUGUAGAUAUAGAGGACGACUGAAUCGGCUUGUAGCUCCUUUUUCCUUCCGUGCUUCAUUAAACUGUACCUUCUCAUCUUAUUGCUGCUCAAAUAAACCUGCUCUCAUAUUUCUGAUUAUACUUUUUAAUAUAAGAAAUAAGUCAGUCAUUUGCAUAUAAACUAAACUAAACUUUUAAUGUUAUUACACAGAAUUUUUAUUACUACGUCUUCGCUGGAUUAUUACUGCAUAUUAUUGAUGCAGUCCUCUUAAGGAGCUCCAGUCGUGUAAUUAAGCAAUCAAUAAUCUUUUCAUUGACGAAUAGAUUGCAAUGGGAUGAGCUGGUGUUGUGUCACUUGUGCAUGCUCUGAGAUAUCGAUGCUGUUUCCACCAUGGCGUUUCCAAUGUGGGGAUUUGUUUACCCCGUGUGCUUCCUUUUCAGUCACUGUCAUUUACUGUUGGAUAAACCUUUAUCUUCAACACACAGUGCAUGAAGAUGAACAAUGGUAAUCUCCAUGAUGGCCCAUCUUCUAGAGUGUAAUGCAGCUGUCUCUCUAUGUUCGAGGGGACCGAGAGGAAUACAUACUGUACCGCACACACGUUCCCUUUUCAAUAUGGAGUCUAUUCUGAAGAUUACAUUUCACAAUGUGGAGUCAAAUUUAGGUUCAGGAGGAUUGCCACAUUAUAUCCUUUUCUACAAUGUGUGUCAUUCCUGGAGUCAUUUAAUAUACUCGCCCUCAUCUACGUAUAUAUGAGCUGCCAUCAGAUUCUGUCUCCUAUUUGUGUGUAUUUGCAAUAGGACCAAUAGAGCCUGUAUUUGUGUAUCGGUGUUCUAUGGAUGGACUAUAUGAGUCUGUCACUUUUCUGCAAUGCAGGCAACAAAAUCCCCGUCUUCCUGGGUCUCACAAGCUAUCCUGAGCACAGAUCAGACCCUAACAGUGCAGAACAACAUUCGCAAUGCAAUACUGCCAAUCUGCUGCUUCAAUAAUGGUUCCUCUUUAGUCCUCUUAUGUGAACAUAGCCAUGAUACAGAACAUCCAAAGACCUGAUCAUCGUGCGACCUACUUUCAUCAGGCAUUCACUUUCCAACCAACAUAGACAAGGGAAAUGCUAGAACGUCUUUCUUGACUCUUGUUUUUGUCUUGUUGUAGAGGUUUGUCAAUAGUUGUGCCUUGUUGUGAACUGCAUGAUUUAUUUCCGUACAAAAUCCAUGUUUUCCAUAAAAAAUAAUAAUAAAAAAAGGGAACAAAAAGACCACAAAACCUGUACAUAUACCACUCUAUGUAGAACUGAAUUACUCAAGGGAAGCUAAAUAUGGGAUGUGGUCAGGACAUAUCUGUGUGUUGUCAAAAUGUAAUCAUAGGAAAUAAAGGCAUUUUAAGUA